AUGCGGGUUCCACAUGGAGUGAUCAUUGCCAAUGCAGCUGUUCAGUGGAACCUCCAGGACUGGUCUCUUUCUCUCUUGCAGGGUCCCAACUAUCUGGGGACUCUGGUGCGUUUGCCUCCUGCAGCUCCACCACCUCCACUUCCACCUCCAGCUCCUGCUCCAUCUCCACCUCCUGCUCCUACUUCUGCUCCAGCUCUAGAUCUAGCUCUAGCUCCAGCUCCACCGAUGAGCUGCUGCAACGACGAGAUCACGAGGUUGCAUCGCUGCGAAGAUCACCAUGACGGAGGCUGCACAUGCUCUGGCGAGGGCUCUCAUUGCUCGAACGCGGAAUGCCACAGCCGGAAAGAUAUCCUGACGGAAGAUGACAUUUACUGCUGCUCCCUUUCCAAGACACUGUGCCACACCUCCACGCCCGUCACAGUGGGCUUUUACUCCCCUUGCGGAAACCGCCUGCAUUCGCUGCUUGAUCAUAUUGGAAAAUGCAUGCACAAGGAAACCAUCCGGAGAGAAGAAAAUGAGUACAGGAGGACACAUGAGAAGCCCCGGAUACCGGAAGGAUGGAACUACCUGACCCUCCUAUGGUACUUGGUGUUCUAUGAGCCAGUCAUCACAGAGGUUCAUCUCAGGAGGAAGAACAUUGACUUCAUGUUCAUAAGAUUCAGCGCCUGGGAAUACGCCGGCAGUGACAAGCUGUGGGCUGGUCUGGUCACCACCUUGUGUGACCGCAUCCGCCACCAAUUCGGGCCUCUGCCUCUGAGCUUCUACCACGUGGUGGGGAGCAAGCCCCACUUUGCCUCUGGGUUCAGCCAGCAGGAGUGGAGGCUCAAAAAGAAAGCCUCCUUUGCUGCCGGAGGGUUCCUGACCAUCUUGCUAGCUGGCAUUGGCCUGGCCACAACCGCGUACCUUGUCCCAGGGCUGAGGGACGGCACCGUCUUGAAGAUCCUCGCUGCCUCCUUGGCCAGCGUUACCGGUUCAGGGGCCUUGGUGGCCAUUGCUCCGGUGAUUAAGCACCUGAUCAUCAGCCAGAAGAAGAAGAUCGAGAGCAUGACCAGCAAUGAGAAAUUCACCAGCCACCUGGGCUUCAUGAGCGCUGUGAAGAAAGAGAUUGCACUCCUCACCAACUUUGUGUAUUACAUGGAGAUCUUUGAGAGGCGGCGGCUGAGGAUUGUCUUUGAGAUUACCAACUUGGACAUGUGCUACCCAGAACGAGUCAUCGGGGUCCUGAAUGCCAUCAACACGCUGCUUUCAGACACCAACGCCCCCUUCAUCUUCAUCCUGGUGGUGGACCCUUGCGUUAUUGUCUCUUGCUUGGAGGAAGCCAGCUGCAUGAAGGGCAUGGCGGACAACGGCUACCUCUACCUCAACCGCACAGUGACGCUGCCUUUCUCCAUCCCGGAAAUUGGCCAGAGGGCAAAGCUGCGGUUUCUGCAUGAGGCCUUCCAGAGCCGGGAGGACUUGAUGUACAACAUCAUCACGAGAAACGUGGAGCAGGGGAUCAAAAGGGCCAAAGGGAAGGACAGGGCCUUGGGAGACAUGGAAGCGUCGGCAGAGAUGGACCAGCAACAGAUUGACGCUCAGGCCGUGCAGUACAUCCACGAAGCUUUCCACUGCUUGCACGACGAAUUCGAUUCCCUUUACAGGUACAUCCCAGACAGUAUUGUCCAGAUGAAGAGAAUCGUCAACACCAUCCCCAUCACUAUCCGGCUUAUGGCCCAGCAGCAUGUCUUGAGACAUGCCAUCUGCCCCCGGUCGGUGGCGGCCUGGGUCGUCAUGGCCAACCAAUGGCCUUGCCGCUUGAGCUGGAUACUGCAGUGCAUGGAGGACAGGCGGCAGUGCCACACAGUGGGCGAGGACGACAAGGAAACCAUGUGGCACGUCUUCGCGGAGAACUGCAAGGAGCUCUUCUCCCGUCAUACGGAGCUUCACAACAUCAUGGCGUUGGACAACGACCCCGAACUCUUCGAGAACUUCUUGUGGCACGAUUUCCCUUUCACCGUGAAGGAAGGGGAGAAGUACGUGAGGUACACGGUCAACUUGGACCACUCCAUAAGGUAUCGGAUGGGGCAGCUGCGGUCCCUGGCUUCCCUGGAAAGGGACUACCUCAAAGAAUUAGCUUCUCUGGAAAAGGACAAAGAGAAGGAGAAAGAAGCAGCUUCCUUGGAAAAGGAGGAGGGCAGAGAAGCAGCCAAUUCAGGCAGGAUGGUGUAAGACGGAGGGUUUCCAGGUUAUCAAACGUUCUGUAAUAAGGUAUGACCAGUCAUGGUGGAGAAGCUAUUUGAGAGACGAUUUUGCC